AUGGACUACCUCCCAACGAAGYCUACUAGCACCCGGAGCAAAGAGGAACGACGCCUAAUCUUCUGGCGUGAGGAGCCUCUAGAUACGCUUUAUAGGGAUACUCAGGAUAUCGUCUUAGAGCUCAACCGGGCGUUGAGCAACGUAGGCAUACCCAACUUUGUGAGAGCGAUUAAUACUAGAUACGCUGCUUCAGGGCACCUCACGGUGCUCCUCCAAGAGGGCACGCCCAGCAAUGUGCUCGUGCCUGCCUAUAACGAUAUACUUAUCACCACUGUACGGARAURUGACCCAGCGGUCAUCUCAGUGGAGAUUAGUGAGCAAUGGCAGCGUGUUAAGGUCCAUGGAGUCCCYRUGCACCGCUAUAUGAACAGUGAGAACGGCCUAAGCCUAGCCCRGRAAGAGAUAGAGCUCCAGGGGGUGUUUAGGCUCAAGCGGGACCCCGUCUGGUUGAUAAACCCCAGAAAACUAAAGACUAGGAAUCAACAAAGCGCUAUUAUAGUGGUCACCGUGGGCUCUGGAGAAGAUGCCCGUAAGAUGAUCAAAUUAGGCCUCUAA